AUGCUAUGUCUUCCACUGAAGGAUAAUAUAGAGAGGAGAAAGAGAGAGAAGACAUUCCUACUGAAUCUGUGUCUUCAAGCAGCUCUCCAUGAGAAAGGAUCCAUACAAACAACUGUAGAGAAAGUGUUGUCACUGUCUAAAGUAUAUCGCUUUCAGAAAUGUGAUUUCCUGCUGGAUCUGUACUCACAUGUGAAGGACUAUGAGACUCAAACAGGCAGGAGUGUCUUUCCAGCAUUACAGCCAGUUUACCAGUCAGCCAGUCCUGCAGUCUGGUCCAUAGACCUCUCAGAGAGAAAGGCCUCCCUCCUCCUAGAAGUGCUGAAACUCCAACCAGAGAAGAAACCAGUAGAGCUGAAGGGCUGGUCAGAUGAAGAGAGUGAAGUGAGGAGUUUCCUUCAGUGUCUGUCCUACAUCUCACAGCUGAGUUUCUGUCCACGGAGGUCUGAUCCCUCAAAGCGGAUCAAGUUCCUGGUGGAUCUCCUGUCUCAAGCAGCAGAGUGGGAGGAGCAGACAGGAGAGAAGACACUGAAGCUGGUAUCAUCAGUGUGGACUUACAGCACCUUUCCUUUUCCAAAUGGAGACAAUUCUGAACAGAGUGAUUUCCUGCUGGAUCUGUACUCACAUGUGAAGGACUAUGAGACUCAAACAGGCAGGAGUGUCCUUCCAGCAUUACAGCCAGUUUACCAGUCAGCCAGUCCUGCAGUCUGGUCCAUAGACCUCUCAGAGAGAAAGGCCUCCCUCCUCCUAGAAGUGCUGAAACUCCAACCAGAGAAGAAACCAGUAGAGCUGAAGGGCUGGUCAGAUGAAGAGAGUGAAGUGAGGAGUUUCCUUCAGUGUCUGCCCUACAUCUCACAGCUGAGUUUCUGUCCACGGAGGUCUGAUCCCUCAAAGCAGAUCAAGUUCCUGGUGGAUCUCCUGUCUCAAGCAGCAGAGUGGGAGGAGCAGACAGGAGAGAAGACACUGAAGCUGGUAUCAUCAGUGUGUACUUACAGCACCUUUCCUUUUCCCAAUGGAGACAAUUCUAAACAGAGUGAUUUCCUGCUGGAUCUGUACUCACAUGUGAAGGACUAUGAGAUUCAAACAGGCAGGAGUUUCCUUCCAGCAUUACAGACAGUUUACCAGUCAGCUCCUGCAGUCUGGUCCAUAGACCUCUCAGAGAGAAAGGCCUCCCUCCUCCUAGAAGUGCUGAAACUCCAACCAGAGAAGAAACCAGUAGAGCUGAAGGGCUGGUAUGAUGAAGAGAGAGAAGUGAGGAGUUUCCUUCAGUGUCUGUCCUACAUCUCACAGCUGAGGUGA